ACAAAAAAAAAAAAAAAAACCUGAAUGAAUCGAUGUCAUUCAGGUAAAUGCUUGCUUAUAGCGAAGUAAUUCUUUGCUAUAAGCAAAUUGUGUCAGUCAGUGUCCCUGAUCACUGCCAUGCCAGUUAUAUGAAGACGCUGUACUACACUGGUGACAGUAUGUACUACUUUUGAUUGAUCAAUAAUCAUUUGAUCUAUACCAUAGUUUGUGAACUCUAUAUACUUUCCUACAAACUAAAAAAUACAUCCUAAUUUGGGUUAUUUUCACCAAAGACAUGUAG